AUGCCUUCUGUCCACUGGGACAGAAUGUUUGUUGGAAUUACCUGUUGUGUAGUGACUGUGACCCUUUGGGCACUGUGUAUUUGGGAGCUCCUCAGGUUUAAAGCAGGUGCUCACCGAGCAAGACAGAGGCUUGGAGCUGUGCUGCAGCUUCCCCUGUAUCCUGUGGGUUCCCAGGCUCCCAAUCCAAAGCAGUGUCAGUCCUAUGCCAUAUGGCCCCAUGUGCCAUGUGCCUGUGCCUGGCAAGCAUACACUGCAGCCAGGGCACAAGUGGGCAAUAUCCACUGUGAACAUUAUCGGAAGGGACUCCAACUCCAUCCUUCACUUAGAGACCAGAAAUAUUUCAUCUGGAUAUAUGUUAUUUUUUCUUUCUGUGCAUUAAAUUUUUGUGACAACAGUACCAGUGCCGUGAACGUUUCUGAAAACAAUAUAAAACCCCUUACUUUUGAACGGAUCGUAGUGGGUAGUAUUUAUUUUAUUCUUUCCAAAGAAAAAUGUGAACCCGAUGCUGUGAAUGGUAAUGCUUCAAUAGCAAUCCAGAUGUGCUCCAGAGAAGGGGAAAAUCCUACUUUAAAGCCUCACCAAAUUCUGAAUUGUAAUGAAAAUCUGGACUCCUUAGUAUCACAGGUUAUUGUUCUGCCAUCGGUAAUAGGGGGUUUUACUGGGAGCCGUAAUGUCGGGCUGCCAUCUAGUGAGCUGAGGGCUGCUUGGGGAGCUAGGGAAUGGGAGGAGGAGGUGUUCAUGCCAGUGACCCAGAGGCAAGGAAAUGCAGGCCCCAGCAAGGUUUCAGCUAUUGCCAGUAACACUCACAUCCUCACCUCCAUGCCAGACCAACUGACCACACAAAACUUCACUGCUGCUGCAAACGUCGCAGUGCAGAUUAUGGAAAAGCUAAAUGUUUCAGAAGACCUUCAGGCAUCUGUGGCAGUAAUGGCUACGGUGAGUCAACUCUUGGAUGCCAAUGAAAGAGAAAUCAUCCACAAUAAUCUUGUCAAUGUUACAUCAAGCCUCACAAAAACAGUGGAGGAAUUUUCUUUGACUGGCAACAUCUCACAACCCAAUGUUGCAAUCCAGUUUGCUCCACUGAAAUUAAGCUCCUCUAUGAUUCCGUUUUUGGCACAGAGAAAUACAGCACUGGGAAAGUGCCAGUCAACAAAACUAGAAAUACAGGAAAAUGUUCCUGGGCUUCUUUGUGACCUCAGUAAUGAAGUUCAGAUACUGUCCAACAUUUUAAGUAACAGUUCAUCAGACAAUGGAAGUGUUGGAUUUGUCCUGUAUCGAAACUACAAACUCAUCCAGUCAAGGAUUUAUCAGAGUUGCAAUAGUUUGUCUAAACAAAUCAUCUCUGGCGACAUUGAUGGCGAAAUAGCGAGCAGUGUUGGAAUAGCCUUCGGUCCCAAGUACAACACAUCUGAACUGCAGCUGCGUGAUCAUGUCUGUGUCUUUUGGGACUACUCUAUCAAUGACUGGAGCACUGCCGGCUGUGCAAAAGGAAGAGACCAGUUCCUGAGAUGCAGGUGUAAUCACACGACUAAUUUUGCUGUCCUGAUGGCCUUUCAGAUCAAAUAUAAAUACACAAAGCCUUUGGAGUCUAUUUCUUAUAUUGGUCUUGAUUUGUCCAUGGCUGACCUGAUUGCUACCAUUUCGUUUCAAAUAUUCACUAGGAAAACUUGAAAGUCAUCUGUAACAUGGAUGUUAGCGAGUCUCUGCUUAAUGCUCAUUUUUAACAUCAUCUUCAUCUCUGGAAUUGAAAACCAUAAUGCCAGGAAUCACAGCAGUGAUACUACCGGCUACCACCAGCAGUACCCUCCUUAUGAUAACACCAGUAACACCUUACUCACUUCUGACGUGGGAGAUCCUCCCACAGACUCCUGGUGUACAGCUGUGGCUGUCCUACUGUGCUAUUUUUUUUUGGCAACAUUUGCGUUGACAGCACUCAAUUCUGCACAGUUGUACUUAUUGUUGCUUAGAGCCACGAAGCCGCUGCCUGGACAUUUCCUUGUAACCAUGUCAGUAACUGAAUGGGGAAUCCCUACCAUAGUAGUUGCAAUAACACUCAGAGUUACUUACAGAGGAGGAAAAGCUUAAAUCUACCGACAGGAAAAAUUUUGCUGGCUUGCAGCACUGGACCAAAAUCAGAAUUUUAAUGUGCUAAAGCCGAUGUUGUGGUCAUUCCUCUUGCCAGCGACACUCAUAACCCUGUUUAACAUCUCGAUCUUCAUCAAGAUCAGUACCUCUGUGAUAUGUAAGAAGGAUGAAAAUUUGACAAGGAAUAAAAAGGAUUCACUAAUGAAAACUAUGAUUAGCAUUAUCUCUACAUUUGUAAUGCUCAGAAUCACCUGGAUGAUAGGCUACCUUAUGUUAAUGAGUCAUGAAAGAACAAGUCUUGUUUUCAGCUGUCUGUUUUGCAUUUUGAAUGCUACCCAGGCGGACAAGCUCCGAAUGCAAUGA